UCUCUCGGAUCGGACAAGAAAAAAUGGAUGGUUGUUUUAGUGCUUAACACUACACGAAGAAAGUUUAUAUUUUUGUUAAUAUCUUGUGGAGAUUUAAAGUGUUUCCAAAAUGCUUUCCUCACGUCAACCGAUAAAGGUCCUGUCAAAAAAUCUGCGAAAGAUGAAGUUUAUGCAGAAACAACAAGAUGAGCUUUUAGCAGAAAACCAGAAAAAAGAGUAUGAUAUGCAGCUUUCCAAAGAGCAUUGGUUUGUUGAAGAUAUGAUUGACAUAGAUCUAAGAACUGCUCCCGAGACUGAAUCAAGUUUUGUCAUUUGUGAGGACUUGUUGUCAGUUGGAAGAAUGUCAUUCAGAAAUUUCAACCCAAAAAUUGAGAAGCUGUACUCUGGGUUAUUAAGUAAGCAUUCUGACCACGACAAAGACGCAGAAAGCGGUGAAGAAGACGUUUCUGUUGCAGAAAUGGCUGACAGAUAUGAUUCACUUGUCGAUAGUAUCGGGAAAAAGUUUUCAAGAAAGCGAAAGCACCAACAACAUGAACAUUGUCGUGAUCCAGACCAAACGAUUUCAACCACCAGUAAGCCUAAGAAAAUUAAGCGAGUGUUUAAGAAGCCAAAGAUGGAAUAAACGUGCGCAGAUGGAACAAAAAUGAUAAUGCUUCCUUCAAUUAAACAAAGUUUUUUUGAGAUUAAACGGAUAUUAUUCUAAAGACGACAA